AUCAGCUUCUGUGAUUGGCUCUAGUAUCCGCACCGGCUAAUCAGCGGCGUGUUUGUUAGCAUUCGGGAAACUGAUGUUUUGCCUCUCAGUUUGAAAAGAUGUCGUACAAGAGGGACGCUGGAAAAACAGGGUACCUGAACAAAAGGGUACCACAAAACCCCAAGUAUGAACACAUAAAAACAAAACUGGACACAGGAUGCAGUGUGACAAAGUACCUGGAAGGACAGAAGGAGAUUAAAAAAUAUUACAGGUAUCAAAAGGAUGAGCUCUUUAAAAGGCUAAAAGUGACAACUUUUGCACAGAUGGUAAUUCAGGUAGCUACUGUAUCAGAGCAGAAUGAAAGUCUGAAUGGAGAACAAUCAGCCGUCUCAGAAGGCUGUUUGUCUGUGGUGUCCGAUGCAAAGCGGAAGAGUGUGUCUGAGCUCACCAACGGCUCCCCCCAGGCUUCACCCGUGUCGCUUCACGUCCCAGACCACAACAGUACAGCGGACACCAGCGGCUGCCUCCGCAGGUCCACGCUGCAGAAUGUUAUCAGCGGUGUAGGACAGCUUGACCUGAAAAAGAAAAGUCCUCAGAUGAAUGUGACACCAAUGUGUAGUCCGCAUCCAGCUGAUGGGCCCUACCCUGACUGUCCCUACCUGCUGUUGGACGUCCGGGACCGCGAGGAGUACGACUGCUGCCACAUCAUUAGCGCAUACAGUUACCCCAUCACCACGCUCCAUCGAGCAAUCAACCCCUACACCAGAGAAGUGCUGGAUUAUAGAAAUGCGCCAGAGAAGAUCAUCAUCUUGUAUGAUGAAGAUGAGAGGAGAGCCAGCGAGGCAGCUACCGCCAUGUGCCAGCGAGGAUUCGAGAAUCUGUUCAUGCUGUCUGGAGGUCUCAAGUUGAUUGGUCAAACAUUUCCAGAAGGGUUGACGACGGGCUCCUUCCCACCCUCGUGCCUGCCAUCUCCCACAUCAGCAGCGGGGAAGAAGAAGAAGCACUGCCCGUCGCAGCAGUCGCUUCAGGCAGCAGAGAAUAGGUGGAGGUUUACAUCGGACGAGCUAGCCAAGAUCCAGCAGCAGCUGGACAAGGUCUUCACCUCCAGCAACUACAGCCACAUGUCAAGCCGGAUGUCAAUCAGCAGCGCUCAGUCCAAAGCAUCAAGUGCUCGGAGUCGACAGAGUUCCUGAACAGCCGGGACAGACGGCACCAGGGUCCAGAGGAACAGCCCAGCACAGGCCCUGGAAAUAACAACUGCCCUCCCCCCAACACCCACACAUUCAUGCAUGCUGACAUGUAAUCUUUUUGUUUGUUUGUUUGUGUGUGUGUGUGUGGGUCUGGGUGUGUGUAUGCAGCCUUAUGCAAAUUAAACCUCAUGAUGAUUCCUACAUUUAUGAGCAAUCCCUGGCAUGGAACUAUUAAUUUGAAUCAUUUUUUCAGUCUCUCCUGUUUUUUACUCUACAAGACAACAAGCAUCAUCACUACGUUCUUGUAACAAUUAUUCAAGUGAACUCUGCCACCUUCUAUUGUACUAAUCUCUGCUUGAGGCAGAUUUCAUUGAAGUAACUGAUUAUAUUAUGCCCACCACAACACUGAAAUGAUAAACGUGAUUCCUGUGGCACAGCACACAAAUUACAUCAUUUUGAAUAUGAAUUCCCUUUGGCGAGAGGGCUGCUAUACAGGUCUGUACAGUCUGGAGAAAUGUGGAAAUGACUAAAAAAAAAAGUCUGAAAAUGUGGUGGGGGUAUGUUUUCCAUCCUGUUACAUGUAUCACUGUACACAGACUUGACAGUACCCAGCUACCAUUAGCAUAUACUGUAUCAUAAUACCAACCAAAGUCGUCAUAUCCAUCCAGAAAAGAAAUUUGAGAUGAGUUUUGAGAUGGAAAAUGUGUUUGAAGCUGCAGACUCAGCAGUUCUAGAGUGCACUGUGCAAAGUUACCAAGCUGUCUGUGAUGCUUUACUUCUCAGACAUGAUCGAAGGCUGUAGUAUUUUCAAAAAUGUUUGUAAAUACCUUAUAUUUGAAUGUUUGCACAGUGCCUUAUCUGAACUUGAGAAAUGAUGGAUUUUGCACUGAAAUUAAUUUAUAGAUGUUUCAUAUAAAACAAUAAUAGUCCAGUAUUUCAUUAGUACACUCAUUUGUUUCACUUUUUAACCAUUAUUUGCCUUGUUUUAAUUAACAUAUCUCCACAAGGUUUAGUUCCAUUGAUGCACCAAUGAAUUAAAUGGCACUCAUAAGAGUUAUUAAUUUAUAUUGCUUAGAAAAGAAAGAUCCUUAUGCUAUAUAUUUUAUGCUAUAUGGCAUAAAGGAUAUACUUGGGAUUUGGGUAUCACGUGCGGUAUGUACAGUUGCUGGAACAGCACACAACCUAUAUUGUAAAAAUGAAGAAAAGUUGUACUGUAUUUUCUGUACGCUCUAUUUUCUCACAUUGUCUGAUGCUGAUUACUAAAUAAGCUGCAACUUCUGCUUCUGCUUGCUCUAAUUUCUGACUUUUUUUUUUCAGUGUCAAGUUACUGCGAAGUGAAACCCCUAGUAGAGGUUAUUAUGUACACCAAUACAGCAGCAACAAAAAAGAGUCACUAGGGGAAGGAAGUGGACAUUUCGACUUGGCUGUAUUGAUAAGAAAAAAAAUAUACAAUUCGUACUUCUGUUCCAUUUGAAAAUAUGAAUGACAGUAUUGCUUUGCUCAUUGCUACUGUGUGGCCUCCUGUGGUGUGUUGCUAGUAUGCUGUUUGCUUGUUUGUUGACCCUAUUGGAAAAGCAGAGAUAUCAGUGGCAAGCUCAGUUUGAAGAUGUCGAUGGCAGGUCAGAAGUUAAUAAAACAACGAACUGGGAGGUUGGCAGUUCCCUCGGCAACCACUGUCAAAGUGCCCGAGAGCAAGGCAGUCAAUCUUCAAUCUAGGAGUAAAAGACUGCCCACGCUGGGCAACUCCCAGGUGGAAAUCUGUGAAGUUGCUGAAAAAGAGUGCAGUGUUUAGUCUGUUUACCUUGGAUACAAACAAUCCCACAGUCAACUAUUAAAAUAUGUUUUUUGAGGUGUAUUUUAUGAUGAAUGUGUGUGUUGAGCUUACAGUACCCCUGGAUGCCUUGGGUGUUAUUCACCAUCAGUCUUAACCCACAUUAACUGAUUGAUGAUUUAUUUCUCUUUUUGUAUAUGAAUGUCAAAUAAAGUGUAUAAUUGUU